CAUUCAGCUAUUCAGAGUCACCAGGCAACACGUGUAUCAACAAGCCAUAUGUUUGCGAAAAGCGAGGCGAUUCUUUUAUCUUUACCUCAUGCUCUCACUUUCAUGUUCUUAGUGACACAAUCAUUGGGAAGAGGCUGAUGUCUAUAUUCAGUUGUUGUGAAUGGAUUUGUGCACUGACACUAGAGAAGUUGAGGUCUUGAGCCAUCCAGGAAUGGAGGAAACGAUUCAGCAAUACACAGAAGAUGAUCCGUAUGUCGCCCAACUCCAGGAAGUCUUCAACAGUUGUGAUGUGAGUGGGAGUGGCUUCCUGGGGGAAGCAGAACUUCAGGGCCUGUGCUGCAAGCUGCAUCUGGAGAAUGAUUCAGAGUCGCUAAUUAGACACCUGCUUCACGGGGAUUCACUGGCAAAGGUUGACUUCAGAGCAUUUAAGGAGAGGAUUGUUCAAUACUUGUGUGAGACAAUGACAGACUGGUGUCCUGUGGUACAAAAUGACUCCUUGCAGGAAACAGAUUACACUAGUAUAAAUGGUAGAAAACAGUACAAAUUAGCCUUACCUAGACACAGAACAACAACCCUUACUGUUGAAAACAGCUGGAAAAUCCCUGCAGAUAAUACAGUUAGAAGUGAGCACAGUGAAGACAAUGAAGACAGACAUGGCCUAACUGACUGUAUAGUACAACUUAAGGACCAGGAAACAUUUGAAGCUGAUGGUGAGCUAGAGAUCAGGAUGGGGGACGUGCCGCACCUUGAACCUGAGGAUGAACCUCUGAGGGAGAUAUGGCGACAUCUCAAUCUCCACAUUGACCAGGAUCUCACAAUGGCUGAUCUCAAAUUGAUCUGUGAUCACAUUGGGCUGGACAUGCAUCAAGAGGAGUUGGAGGACUUAUUUAGUCGCCUGGAUACUGAUGGAGAUGGGAGAAUUGCCUUUGCUGAGGUUCACGAGGGUCUUUUUCAGCACGGUUUAUCCAGUGGUCAGACUGAUGAAACCUUCUCUCAAGACCCCCCAUCUUUACCUCAGUCUAGUUCCCCCAAACGUCUAUCCAGCCUCCCAGGAAGACUGUCUGGGCUGGAUGACAGCCUUAGGAGCCAGCCCUCCUCACUAAGAGGGACACCUUGUGGGAUCUUCUCAGCACUUGACACAGAGAAAACAGGGCAGUGUUUUGCCAAUGAAUUACUUGAGUACUGGGAAUCACUUGGGGUUUCACAUGGAGAGGAGAUCCUCAUGGAUCUAGGGUUUGAUCCUCACAGUACCAGUAAAAUCAGCCUGGGAGAGCUUUCCUUCCUCCUCACACAGGAGAUGGCAGGGCUUUCUAAUCAGAGUGGCAAGUUCCAGGCAGCAUUUCUUUCUUACCAGCAAGAGUUCAGCCAUUACAGGAUUUUGCUGGAACAGUUAACUGCAGAGCGAAAGAAACUAAAGAAAGACCUGGUUGAUGCUAACAACAGAAAUGACCUGCUGGUAAAAGAGGCGGAUGAGCGUCAUCUCAAAAUUGACCAGACAACAAAAAGCCAAGUGUUACACAUAGAGCAGAAGUACCAGGCUGAGGUGAAGGCUUUACAGUCUAUAAUUGAUGAGGAGAGAGACGCUCACUCUCGUCAGCUAGAGAAGGUGCAAGACCAGAUGGAGAAAAAAAUAGAAACCUUGAAACAGAAAGAAGAGUCACUCAAGGAAGACCUUGGGGCUGCACAAAGGGAAAUAGAAAAACUGGAGAGGGAUAUAGGAGAGUUGAUGGAGCAGCUGGAUGAGUCCGAGACAGCUAACGAGAGACUUAGGAGAGAUCUGCAGUCUUUAUCAGAGGGGCAGUCUCCAGACGAUGUACCUGGUUUUAGUCCGGCUACGCUCCAACAGCUACAGCAAGAAAACAAAGGGCUGAAGGACAAGUGUGAUGAGCUGAUGACAGAGGUAGAGAGGUUAAGACAGGAGUUAAAGACUGCCAGACGUGCCAGUGCGAGUCUAGUGGGGAGUGAGAGGGCCUCACCAAGCUCCAAGAGGAGGAGACAAGUGUCCAUAGAAUACCUGACCAAUGAGGAAGCAAUGGAUGAGGACGACGACUCAUCAUUCCUGCCAUCAGCAACCAAAGAACCUGACUCUCAUCUGCUGGAGCUGGUGAAGGAGUUAGAGCAGCUGAAGAACAACUUUGAGCUGGAGAGGAGAGACAUUGAGGAAGCCUUCAAAAUGGAGAUAGUGGAGAUAGAGGAACGUCACGAUAAGGACCGCAAGCAACUCCUCAGCUCAUUCGCCCAGGAAAAGGAAAAGAUGAAAGAGGAGCUUACCUCUGCGCACCAGGAGAAGUUAGCUGAGCUGGAGCGAAGUCUACAGAAUGAGUUUGCCACAGUAAAGCAGGACAUGAUUUUGAGACAUGAGUCAGAGAAAAACUAUAUCCGUGUGAAGAAUGAAGAGGAGAAAGAGGAGAUGGCCAAGGGGAUGCAGGCAGACAGAGAAAUGAAAGAAACUCAAGUUGCAGUCAUGGCUUCUGAUAAGGGCAGGCGUAGGUCUUCAGUGAGUCAGUUUGCGGAGGAUUUAGGGAGAGAGAAGGCUGUACUGCUGGACCGCUUUUUGAAGGAGAAGAGAGAGCUGGAAGAGGCCCAUUCUCAGGAGAAAGCUGCUCUCUUUCAAGAGGUAGAAGCUGAGAGGAAAGAGCUUGUACAGAAGUACGAGAAGCAGAUAGCAGGUUUAGAGGCUGAGAUAAAAUCGGUACGGGAGCGACUGGAAGCAGCGAGGGAUGCUCUUCUGGAGAGCAAAGCUCGUGGGCAAGAAGCUACACGGGAUCUUACGCAGCAGGAGGGAGAGCUUCGGGAAAGAUUGGGCAAGGAACUGCAAGAGCAACUGACACCAGAGAUACGAAAACAACUGACACCAGAGAUACGGAAACAACUGACACCAGAGAUACGGAAACAACUGACACCAGAGAUAUGGAAACAACUGACACCAGAGAUACGGAAACAACUGACACCAGAGAUACAGAACCAACUGACCUCAGAACUGCGAGAAAAGAUCAGACAGGAGGUCAAAGAAGAAAGUGAGGAGAAUUUUGUGUCUCAGAUUCUGAAGAUGCAGACUGAAUUUGACGAACAGAGGCAUCUGAUGGAAACCAAACAGAGGCAGACUGAGGAGGACCUGGCAAAGGUCAGACAGGUGGAGAGAGAGCUGAGAGAGAUAAAUGAGACCCUCAGGCAGUCCAAUACACAGCUUAUGACGGAUUUGGCAAGGUUUAAAGACAAUCUGGAAAAUGAGAAGACGAAGUUGAGAAGAGAGCAAACUGAGUAUAAUCGGGAAAACAUUGAGCUUGAGAGAGUGAGAAAAGAACUGGAUCGUGUGAAAAGGACGCUGGAGCAGGAAAGAGCUGAUGUAGCCAAAAGGGAGAGAACUCUGCAUGAACAAAAGCGAGCUGAGCAUACCUUGUAUGAGGAUAAAGUGGAUGAGUACCAGAAAAACAUGGAGCAGUUGAUUGCUGACAGAGACCGAGCCUUACAGAGCAAGGCAAGAGGUGAAGAGCUACUAACAGCAGAAAAGCAUGGCUACCAGAAAUUGCUGGAGGACAAGCAAAGUUUGGAGAGUCAGUUGAGGAGUUGUAUGGAGGAGUUAAGCCGAGGCCAGACAUAGCCAUCAGCAGUUAGAUGCCACACAAACCCAGCUUAGGGAAGCCAUGGCAGCAGUGGAGAGAACCAAGGCUGAGCACGCCCAGGAGAUUCAGUCCAUCAGAGGAGGGAGUGAGGCACCUGCUACAGUGGAACAGCUUACCAGCCUUCAGUUAGCC